UUAUCAUGAAAAUAACAAUUGGUAACCACAAUUCUGUUAAAUGCUCACCGGUGAAAAUGAUAAUCUUAAUCAUGAGUUUGCUAUUAUUUUCUUGAAGCUUUGGUUCAGUUGAGUGGACAGUCGGUUUUAGUAGAGGGUCAGUUGGUUGGAAUCAUAAAUCCAUGAAGAGACCCUGUAAUCAUUAAGGUUACCAAAGGGAUAGUUGUUAUCACCAAGUGAUGAUGGUCAACAAGAUGAAGAACUGACCAUCGAUGCAUUGGUCGGUUGGAGUUAACCUUUGACCAUUGGAGGGAAACAUUUCUUGUUUUUUUGGCUGUUGGUGAUUAUGAUGAUGUUGAUGAUUGUGAAGAUGAUUAAGAAGAUGAGCUUAACCUUGAUCUUCGAAAUCAGUGGUGUAUGACCCUUUAUAAAAAGAGUGACCAGCCCCAUUAAACGGGAUUUCGUUUCUAAGUUUCACUCAGAUCGUUUCAAUUUUUUUCUUCUCCAAAAUUCUAACGAUAAAAAGUCAAGUGAAUUCUAAAAGUGAAUUGUAAUCGACAUUUUCUCUCUCUCUCUGUGUUAUCCACUUUGUGUCCAGUGAAAUAUUGAUUGUUAUCAAUUGGAAAAUUGAAAAAGUUCAAUAGUUAAUUAGAUCCAAUUGAAAAUCAAACCAUGAGAUCGAAAUACAUUUACCGUUCAUUGAUAAUCUCUUUAGCUUGUGCUCUUUUAAUGCCCGAGGCUUCAGCUGGUUUAUUCAAUCGUUUACUCUACAUGAUGAUGAGAAAUCGUCGUCGGCAUUAUGUCCCAUUUCCGGUUUCAUUAUCACCAUUCUCAAACUUUGGAUCAUCAACAUCCCCACUCACUGGACUUUAUCCUCUUUCCCUUUCAAGUCUAAGUAAUUCAAUCGCACCUUCAGCGGCCGUUUCAGCCGCCGCGGCGAUACCUUACUCUCAAUAUCUGUCCAGCUUAGCGAGUUACAGUGGAUUAACUCCCGUCUCACCCCUUGGACCCUGGGGCGGAAUUAAUCCUUACUACAAUUACCUUAAUCUGGCCGAUUAUCCCGAUUAUCGUAGCUACCCAACGAUAUCCAAUUAUCUUCCACUUCCAACCUACACUCCGCCAAUUUACACUUCACCAUCAUUUCCAGCUCUCAAUGUGAGCGAUAUCAAAGAUGAUAAAAAGAUAUCAACUCGAGCCGCUGCUGCGGCCGCUUCGAGUUCAAGUUCCCCCACCGGGUUGGCUUAUAAUAUCCAGGGACAAGAUCGCAAAGAAUUGUUGACCAAAUUAAAAUAUUUCGCAAAUCACCGGCCAACGGGGGCCAAUUACCGAUCACCAAUUCUAUUCCCAGAACCCGAUGAUUUAAUUGACUCUUUCAGAUGAACAUAAUCAAUUUCUUUUCAACAUCUUGAAUGUUUACUUAUUUAUCUUUAUUGUAACAAUUAACCUUUUCAAUUGAAUUGUCAUAAUAGACAAUCAACAUCAGAUUCUACUAAAUCAUCAUCUUCUUAAUCAACUUGAUUAGAUUCUAAUUAUCGAUUAGCUGAAUUGCUUAUUAUUUAACUCAUUUUGUUUUGUUUCCAACAUUGGAUUAGGUUUUUCAUAUUCUUCUCAUUAAUAUAAUUGUUUGUAUUAUUUUCACACCAGAAACUUAAUUCAAGUUCAAAAAAUUAAAAUUAAUUAAUUUA